GCUGGGCGCCGCGAGGCGGCCGGGGACCGUUGGAGCGGGGCGGCUGAGGCGCUUGGCCGCCCGUGCCCGUGGGGCCGGAGCGAGCGGCGCCCGGAGCCCGCGCUCCGUGCCGGGCGGCGCGGGACCCCCUGCCCGCUGCCCGCGGGACACAGAGGUUGUCUGUAAAUGUUUGAAGAAGGAACCGAGCCCAGGAAAGUGGAAGUUGCCCUGAGAGACCUCUCAGUGUAAUUCAGAAUGAUUGAGGAGAGUGGGAAGAGGAGGAGGACAAUGGCAGAGAAGAGACAGCUCUUCAUGGAAAUGAGAGCACAGAACUUCGAUGUCAUCAGACUUUCCACGUAUCGAACAGCCUGUAAACUGCGGUUUGUACAAAAAAGAUGUAACCUUCAUCUUGUUGAUAUCUGGAAUAUGAUUGAAGCCUUCCGAGAUAAUGGCCUUAACACUUUGGAUCAUAACACAGAGAUCAACGUGUCUCGACUAGAAACAAUCAUUUCAUCCAUCUACUACCAGCUAAACAAACGCCUUCCUUCUACUCACCAAAUCAGUGUAGAGCAAUCCAUCAGCCUCCUCCUCAACUUCAUGAUAGCAGCAUACGACAGCGAGGGCCACGGGAAGCUGACGGUGUUCUCCGUGAAAGCCAUGUUAGCCACCAUGUGCGGCGGGAAGAUCCUGGACAAGCUGAGAUAUGUUUUCUCUCAGAUAUCGGACUCGAACGGGCUGAUGAUAUUCACCAAGUUUGACCAGUUGCUGAAGGAGGUCCUGAAGCUGCCGACGGCCGUGUUUGAGGGCCCGUCCUUCGGCUACACCGAGCACUCGCUGCGGACCUGCUUCCCCCAGCAGAAGAAGAUCACGCUAAACAUGUUUCUGGACACACUGAUGGCCGACCCGCCUCCCCAGUGCCUUGUGUGGCUGCCUCUCCUGCACAGACUCGCCCACGUCGAGAAUGUCUUCCACCCGGUGGAGUGUUCGUACUGCCGCUGCGAGAGCAUGAUGGGCUUCCGGUACCGCUGCCAGCAGUGCCACAACUACCAGCUGUGCCAGACGUGCUUCUGGCGCGGCCACGCCAGCGGCCCCCACAGCAACCAGCACCAGAUGAAGGAGCACUCGUCCUGGAAAUCCCCGGCCAAGAAGCUGAGCCAGGCCAUCAGCAGGUCCCUGGGCUGCGUCCCCAGCCGCGAGCCGCCCCGGCCCCUCUUCCCCGAGCAGCCCGAGAAGCCGCUGGACCUCGCGCACAUCGUUCCUCCUCGGCCUCUGACCAACAUGAACGACGCCGUGGUGACCCACGUCUCCUCGGGAGCACCCACGCCCACCAAAAGGUCUGCGCGCAGCCCGGACGCCGCAGCGGACGAGCACGCCCUGAUCUCCGCGCACGUCGCCCGGCUCCAGCGCGGCACCCGGGGGGCACGGGGACGGCCCAGCCCCAGCGUCCUGGACAGCCCGGGCCGGCUGGACGAGGAGCACCGGCUGAUCGCCCGCUACGCCGCGCGCCUGGCCGCCGAGGCGGGGAACGCCCCUCGCCCACCAGCAGACCUGGGCUUCAGCUUCGAUGCCAACAAACAGCAGAGGCAGCUGAUUGCAGAGCUGGAAAACAAAAACAGGGAGAUACUCCAGGAGAUCCAGCGUCUGCGGCUGGAGCACGAACAAGCCUCUCAGCCCACGCCUGAGAAAGCCCAGCAGAACCCGACUUUAUUGGCCGAACUCAGGCUCCUACGGCAGAGGAAGGACGAGCUGGAGCAGAGGAUGUCUGCGCUGCAGGAGAGCCGGAGGGAGCUGAUGGUGCAGCUGGAGGGGCUGAUGAAGCUGCUCAAAGAGGAAGAGCAGAAGCAGGCAGCGCAGGCCGCCGGCUCGGCGCACUCCUCGCCCACCCACGGCACCGGCCGCCCCUUGCCCGUGCCCGUCAGAUCCACCUCGGCCGGCUCCACCCCGACCCACGGCCCGCAGGACGCGCUGCCCGGCACCGGGGGAGACGCGCAGGACGCGUUCACGCCAGGUACGAGGAGGAACCUCCGCAACGACCUGCUGGUAGCGGCCGAUUCCAUCACCAACACCAUGUCGUCGCUGGUGAAGGAGCUUCACUCAGCAGAGGAAGAAGAUGAAGAAGAAACAGAAAAAAUGCAGAAUGGAAAGGACCAAGGUUAGCUGGACGGCCGCCGGCUGCACAGCGAUUCAGGCACGGAGGGUCGCGCUGGCGCCCGAGACGUCUCCCCGGCCUUUGGAAGAGGCACGUUCCAGCUGAUCCAUCCACCAUUGUGCGCCUGUGACCAACCUCCACCACCUGCCGACGAGAGCGGGCGCCCCGCGGGCCCCGGCCUCGGUCACUGCAUGCUCCAGCGUCCUCCUGCGGUCCCCAGCGGCCAUCGGACAAUGCCCCGUCAAACUCAGACACCUCUGGAGCUUUGAGGAAAGAAAAAAAGACAGAACACAGAAGGAAAGCCAACGCUCCUGCUCCUGCCGAGGUACCGAUCUGGAUCGAUCACCUCCCAAAUGGUGUCAUCGUCGUGUCACACGCUGGUUCUUUCUUCUCGCCCCUCGGUGUGCAUGAAAAAACAGGUGUCGAGCCUCCCGGGUGCCUGGGACACAAAGGGGGUUCUGCCUCCAAAAAACCCCCCAUCCCACACCACCGCACUGUCCACAGUGUCCAGCUGCCGCCGUGUGCCAUGUCACUGUCACCCUGGCAGAGCAGCACGGGCCACCAGCCACCGCCCUCCGGCGUUCCUGGCUCUGCUGCUCUUCCGACUGUUAGAAAAUGUCCCUUUACGAGCAGGGAGUUCAGGGACAACCGCUCCUAGGCCGAGAUUAGCGUCUCUGUGUUCAUUUCCAGGAGUCGAGUUUGGUUUUGUUCCAAAUGGAGAGAAGCAAGGCGGUUGUGCAGUGAGGCUGGCAGCUCACCGCCCAGCCGCGCUGGCCGUCGCUUCCGCAGCCGCUUAGGAAACACGGGAACUGCUUCCAAUCAGCGGCGACUUCUUCUUUCCUUGGUUUUUAGGAAUGUUAUUUUUAGUGGAAGGAGCUGAGUGCCCUAACGCAUCUAUAAAUAUUUAUCAGGGGUGAUGAAUGGGAAGGAGCGAUAAACCCUGAAACCAGCCCUGGGCUUCUCAUCCUGCCGGAGCCGAUACCGCAGCGCUGGGCGGCGAGUGCUGGUCGGGCACCCACAGCCCUUGGGGAGAGAAAAUAAACAGCCGUGCUGGCCGCAGCUUUAGUUGGAUAUAAAUCUUGUGAACGAGCUGUCACGAAGGACAGGAAGGUGGUGAUAACCUGCACACCGAGCGCGAUUCGUGGUCGUCCCCGUGCGCUCGCGGUUGAGCUGGCGCCAGCAGCUUUGGCUGCGGCUGCGGGAGGUGUGAGCGCUGAAAGGGGGACGGGAGACCCAGCAGCUGAAGGUGUCACCUCCUCCGAGGUGCCGGGGCCCAAAAUGCGGCACAGGAGGGUUCGGAGGGGGCGAGCACGCGCGUCCCGCGGCCGCGGGGGAUCACAGCGCGGCGUCGCGUUUGCUGCUGUUCCUGUUAUUACUCACUCCGCGACCUCCCCCUCUCACUUCAGCUGCCACCGGGGGAGCGGGGACAUGGGGGCUCGGUUCAGAAAGCCCGGUGGAAUCGACGGGGUUGUGCGCAUCGACGUGUGUUACAUCACAGGACUGUAGAACGUCCUGGGUUAGAAGGGACCCACGGGGUCACCGAGUCCAACGGCUGCCCCGGCACAGGCCGGCGCGGCCCUGCGUGCCGCAGCGCUGCGUCAUCUCACCCGCGGCGCCCUUUGUUUUAGCCAGAAAAGCAGUUUAGCAGAUGUUUUCUAUGAUCGCAAGGUGGGUGCUGGUGCUGCCGGGGGCGGCGCUUGCUCAGGAUGGGAACCUCCGUGUCCCCCAAUCCACAGGGUCCUGGCAAGGCUGUGGUGUUGCCGGCACGGCCCCGGUAACCCGCACCCUGCCGUGCACCGUGAUGCAGGGUGCCCGCAGCCAUUCUGCACCCCGGUGACACCGGGCACCUCCUGCAGUGACACGCUGGGACAGUGUGGAGGGGACAAACCCCCCAGCAGCGCAGCUUGCUUGUGGCUGACCUGAAACCCGUGUGUGAACUAGUGUUUGCCUUCAGAAUAACCGCCUUAACCCCCAGAGGAACGGAACAGUUCAGGCCAGGCCUUAAUUCCCGUCCCCAGGCUGUGUCCUGCUCAGGUGUCACCGCAGCCCAGUGUGGGUGCAGGUCCCCAGGCUGGCGGCACCGUGGCACCGUGGCGCUGGCACCGGGCUCACCCCCAUACCAGAGGCUGCCAGUGGAAAACAAGUAACCACAGAUGCGCUUCUUUCCUUUCCAAUGUGGGGGUUUAUUUUAUGCAACCGGACAGUCAUUUUUUGUCAGGAGCCCGUAAUGGGAGCCACCAGCAAAGAGCGGGGCCGGACCAGAGCGCGGCGGCACGGCGGCACCCCAAAAUUCAGAUUCGCAAUGAAACUUUGCAACUCCCGCAAGGCCAAACCCACCUAAAGAUGCGACAGAGCCCUGUCCCCGCAUUGGCACCCCCAGCCGGGGCCGCGGUGCCGGGGUUCGUGCCAGGAGAGGGAACCCCGGUUUUCACGGGUAGGACCACAGCGAGGUGCCCGUGGCAGCAGAGGGACCCCCAGGGCAUUGGGGGCUCUGGUUCCCUGUUCUGGCACCGCCGGAGCGAGCGGGAGCGUCUCCAGCAGAGCCCUGCGAACUGGAAGCCAUGUUCUGUCACCUGCCAAAUAUCCAAUAAAUCCAUCUCAUCCCUGA